AUAAGUCUAUAGUAGCGGGCGAACGCUCAAGCCGUCAAGAUUGUAUUAUCUUGCAAGGAGUGUCAGGCGUUGCUGAACAACCAACGCAGUUGCUAUUAUAAACUCAGUUGGAAAUGUCGAAUAUAUAGAAAUUACAGUAAUGGUGCAAGGACAGGAUGGAAAAAUUGGAUUGUCCAGAAAUGAAUACCUCCUUGCUGGUUCUGUUAGCGGUUUUGUUGCCCGGGCAGUUGUACAACCCUUAGAUGUAAUUAAAAUACGUUUCCAGCUGCAAAUGGAACCAAUAAAAGUUUCUGGAGCGAGCAAAUAUCAUGGUCUUAUACAAGCUGUCAAGUGCAUAAGCAGAGAAGAGGGCACCAUUGCCUUUUGGAAGGGACAUGUUCCUGCCCAAAUGCAAUCAGUUGCGUUCACUAGUGUCCAGUUUCUGUCCUUCGAAGUGAUUCUUUCGUGGCUGCAUGAAGUCGACAGUCUCUUCAUUUCAGAUAAUAAAAUAUUUGGCCUACCUAUUACCUACAAACCUAUUGGUAAUUUCUUGUGCGGAUGCGGAGCAGGCUCUUUAGCAGCUAUAGUCACCCAGCCACUAGACGUCUUACGCACACGUUUUAUCGCUCAAGGUGAGCCGAAAACUUACGGGAGCAUGUCACAUGCAGCUGUUUCUAUCAUAACUCGUGAAGGUGCUCAAGGGUUUUUCCGUGGGAUCGUACCAUCUCUCCUUCUUAUAGCACCGCAGACAGGAAUUCAAUUUGCUAUAUAUCAUUCACUAAACCAAAUGAUUAAUCGGGGAAAGGACUAUUUACAUCCCAAUCCUAUUGAUAAAUCAUCACAAUCCCAUAGUAGUAACCGUUCAAUCGGCCCUGUUCAAUGUUUGAUCUCAGGCGGUCUUGCAGGAAUCGGAUCUAAAUGUGUAAUAUAUCCACUAGAUAUGGUGAAAAAACGUAUGCAAGUUCGGGGUUUUGAGGAAGCGCGUGCCCAGUUUGGUCGAAUUCCCAACAGAAACGGUGGUCUUUAUAGGUGUUUAGUUGAAAUAUGGCAAAUGGAAGGAGCUGCAGCGUUUUUCAAAGGAUUAAGACCCACCUUACUUAAAUCUUUUGUGUCUAUCUCGUGCAGAUUUACUGUGUAUGAACAAAUUUGCAGAUUUCUACUUUAUCAAAAGCACUCAUAACAUCCUGACCAACAUAUUCCGUAAAUUUAUUCUUGUAACUCAUUCCUAAUUUCGACAGAAAAUAUUUCAGCGUUGUAUAUUUUCAACAAUCUUCUGGCUUUUGUCUAUUUUUAUUGAAUGAAAACUGUUACCUACCAUUAUUAGGAUUGUAUUUCUUUCCAUUGGAUCUAUCCUCAACAGUUUUUUCAAAGGCGCCUGUUUUCAAAUUUUCCUAUUACUUUAAAACAUAGCUGUCAUUAUACAGUAUAUCAUACCUAUCAUCCAGUUAAUAGAUUUGUAAUCAUAUAAUAUACUUCCUGUCAGCCCUUCUCCAGUACUAAAUGUUUGUUCACCUCUUUCCUCUUUUCAAUAACUGGCAUAGAUCCUUAUGUAGAUGUAUACUCUUUUCUGUUAACUUGAACGGUUGACCAAAAUCCAGAUAAAAGUUUCAUAUCAUAGUAAUAUGAAUAAAAGAUAAAUCUGGAGAUAUUUUUUUAAUAAUGAUCAUUUUAUGAACAGAUUUUCAAAAUGAAUGCUUUUAAAUAAAUCUGCUACUCCUUAAAAGGAUAUGCUGCCAACCUACGAUAUCAAGGCUCUCUUUUCCAAUUUUCGCCCAUCACUAUUUAUUUGUUGACG